UCUCAAGUCACCAAUUAAAACCCAAAGCCAAUUUUUUGGUCCAAACAGACCCUUUUCCAAGUUUUCAAGGUACAACAAUGGAUAAUGAAGAACACCACCACCACUUCCAAUUUGAACUCGACCCGGUCCUCAUCUGCCUCAUCGGAGUACUUAGUGGCCUAUUCAUUGUUGCCGGCAUCCAUUGCAUUUCCGUGUGUUGGUGCCGCCGCCGCCGCCAACCCCGAAUCGUUACAACAACCAGUCAACAAGAAAAUGAGUCCCCCGUGGCCAAUUCAGAAGGAGGUCAUCAACUAAUCACAGUGUAUAGUUAUAACACCAAAGAAGGAAGCAAAGAAGGUAGUUGUUGUCCAGUGUGUUUGAGUGAAUUUGAUGAAGGAGAGACCGUUCGAGUCCUAUCUGAAUGCUCACACUGUUUUCACGUUCUGUGUAUUGAUUCGUGGCUUCGCUCAAACCCCAGUUGCCCCCUUUGUCGUGCUGGGACUAAGCCUCCACCUCCACCUCCGCCGCCAGACCAUGUUGUGGUGUGUUCGCCGAGUUCCGGUGGGGUUCCUCCGCCGCCGCUGCCGGAUAUUUUCUAUCUUUAGAAUUUUGUAUCUUUAAAAUUUUGUGUCGUGUGUUACAAAAUUAGGCUUUCUUUGAAAAUUGAUUAUUUUUGUUGAGUUUUUAAUUUUUUACGACAAGCG